GAUCUGAUCUCAUCUCACUCUUCUUCUUUCUCUCUCUCUCUCUCUCUCUCUCUCUCUCUCUCUCUCUCUCUCUCUCUCCUUUCUUCUCCUCUUCACCAUUCCAUUCCCCUCCUCUUCACCUCUCUUCAAAUUCCACCUUCUCACUCUCUCUCAGAUCAAAUGCUUAUAAACAACGAUUCCUCUCACUCACUCCCAACUUCAUUUUCAUCCUUGCUCAACAAAUACCGCGCCGCUACCAAUUUCGUUCGCAUUGCUAUUCUCUGAGCACUCCGCGGCAGAAUUCAAACGGCGAAAAGCGACAGCGCAGUCACACGCUUCGACGCACUAUCCUUCGCUGCCUAAUUCGUCAAUGUGAUUUGGCAUUCAUCAAUGGCGGCGAGUUCUAGAGGCUUAUCCACUACGCAGUUCGAUUUCAAGCUGAGAGUAGCGCCGCUCAAUGUCGUUCCGCUUCACAAGAGUCACGUGCUGGAGCUGGCUCCGAGCAAGCGUAGAAAGCUCUGCUUCGAAUUCGCUGAUCGAGUUCGACUCGGAAGUGGCGCAAUUCGGUGCUGCUGUUCUGACUCGGUUACUCCGAUUCGCAGAACGAGUGGACCUGGCAACGGCGGAGACAAGAACGAGGAAUGGAGGUUCGAGACCAAGAAAAACCCUCACAUUCACCGAGUGAGGGUUCAGGCCUCUCCUGCCGCAAUGCCUUUCGCUUCUCCACCAUCAUUUCUGAAGCAGGAAAAAUUUUCUCCACGUUGCACCCCGAGAAAUUCUGGUCCACAGUCACGUGAUACACCACCGAAAAGAGACACUGGUAUAGCAAAUGAGAAGGACUGGGGUAUCAGCUUGUUAAAUGAAAAUGUUAAUGAGUCUGGCACAAAUGAAGAUGGGAGUACCUGGUACAGAGAAAGUGGGGAAGAACUGGGUGAAAAUGGAUAUAGAUGUAGAUGGACAAGAAUGGGUGGUCAAUCUCAUGAUGGUUCUUCAGAAUGGAAAGAAACGUGGUGGGAGAAGAGUGACUGGACUGGAUAUAAGGAGCUUGCAGGUGUGGAGAAAUCUGGUAGAAAUUCUGAGGGGGAUUCUUGGUGGGAGACGUGGCAGGAAAAUCUUCAUCAAGAUGAAUGGAGUAACAUAGCAAGAAUAGAAAGGAGUGCACAAAAACAAGCAAAAUCAGGAACUGAAAAUGCUGGAUGGUAUGAGAAAUGGUGGGAGAAAUAUGAUGCUAAAGGCUGGACCGAGAAAGGAGCACACAAGUAUGGUAGAUUGAAUGAACAAUCAUGGUGGGAAAAGUGGGGAGAGCAUUAUGAUGGAAGAGGGUCUGUUCUGAAAUGGACAGAUAAGUGGGCUGAAACCGAGCUUGGAACGAAAUGGGGGGACAAGUGGGAGGAGAGGUUUUUUAAAGGCAUUGGUUCAAGACACGGAGAAACAUGGCACGUAUCUCCAAGCAGUGAACGUUGGUCAAGAACUUGGGGAGAAGAACACUUUGGAAAUGGGAAAGUUCACAAGUAUGGAAAUAGCACGACUGGUGAGAGCUGGGAUAUAGUUGUAGAUGAAGAAACAUACUAUGAGGCGGAACCUCAUUAUGGAUGGGCGGAUGUUGUGGGUGAUUCAACCCAAUUACUUUCAAUUGAGCCUCGGGAGAGGCCUCCUGGUGUCUUCCCUAAUAUAGACUUUGGUUCGCCUCUAUCGCCUGAGGCUAAUGAUGACUCCCCUCAAGAUUUGCCCCCUUCACAAUGAACAUCAUCUCACUUACAAGCUCCAUUAUUUAUUUUCUUCAAUUUUAGGGAGAUUCCAUCGUAACGAUUGGAACCCAUUCUGUAAUAUAUACUGUGGAUCGAUCAUUUUAUUCAUUCUUUCCAUUUUAAUGUUCUA